CCGAGCCGUGCCGGGCCGUGCCGUGCUGGGUCCGGCAGAGCCGGGCCGAGCCGUGCCGGGCCGAGCAGAGCCAAGCCGUGCUGGGUCCGGCUGAGUCGCGUCGUACCGGGUCCGGCCGUGCCGUGCCGAGCCCGGUCGGACCGAGCCGGGCCAGCAUGCUGCGGUACCUUCUGAAGACGCUGCUGCAGAUGAACCUGUUCGCGGACUCGCUGGCGGCCGAGAUGUCCAACUCCUCCGAGCUGGUGCUCGGCAUCAACGGCAGCGAAACCGCGCUCGACCUCCGCAACCUCACCGCCGGCAACGGCUCCCACCCGCGGCUGGAGGACUCCGCACCCCGCAUCGUGGAGCACCCCUCGGACCUGCUGGUGUCCAGGGGUGAGCCGGCCACUCUGAGCUGUAGGGCGGAGGGCCGCCCGUCACCCACCGUGGAGUGGUACAAAGACGGAGAGCGCGUGGAGACGGACCACGAGGACCCCCGCUCCCACCGCAUGCUGCUGCCCAGCGGCUCCCUCUUCUUCCUCCGCAUUGUGCACGGCCGCCGCAGCAAGCCUGACGAGGGCAUCUAUGUGUGCGUGGCCAGGAACUACCUGGGUGAAGCCACCAGCAGGAAUGCCUCACUGGAGGUGGCUGUGCUGCGGGAUGACUUCCGGCAGUCCCCUGGGGAUGUGGUGGUGGCAGCAGGUGAGCCGGCUGUGCUGGAGUGCAUCCCGCCCCGCGGGCACCCCGAGCCCACCGUCACCUGGAAGAAGGACGGCACCCGGCUCAGCGACAAGGAUGAGCGCAUCACGAUCCGCGGUGGGAAGCUGAUGAUGGCCACCACGCGCAAAAGCGACGCCGGCAUCUACGUCUGUGUGGCCACCAACAUGGUGGGGGAGCGGGACAGCGAGCCGGCCGAGCUGGUGGUCUUCGAGCGCCCCGCGUUCGGCAGACGGCCACAGAACCAGGCGGUGCUGGAGGACCAGGCGGCCGAGUUCCCUUGUGAAGCACUGGGGGACCCCCCGCCCACCGCCCGCUGGCGCAGAGAGGAUGGUGAGCUGCCGGCGGGAAGGUGGGAGCUGCUGGCUGACAACACACUGAGGAUCAGUCGGGUGCGGGCAGAGGAUGAGGGAACCUACACCUGCAUGGCCGAGAACAGCGUGGGCAGGUCGGAGGCCUCGGGCACCCUCAUUGUGCGCGUGCCCCCGCAGCUCAUCACCCGGCCCCGCAACCAGACUGUGCCCCCUGGCCAGAGUGUGACCUUCCAGUGUGAGACCACAGGAAAUCCUCCGCCGGCCGUGUUUUGGCAGAAGGAAGGCAGCCAGACACUGCUGUUUCCUGGGCAGUCCCCACCACCUGCCAGCCGCAUUUCGGUAGCAUCCAGCGGUGCCAUGACCAUCGCCGCCGUGCAGCCCACCGACGCCGGCUAUUACCUGUGCCAAGCCAUCAGCGUGGCUGGCAGCGUCCUGGCCAAGGCGCUGCUGGAGGUGGAGGCAGCGCUUGCUGAGCCCCGACCGCCAGUGAUCCGCUGGGGCCCCGCCAACCUGACGGUGCUGCCGGUGGGGGCCACGGUGCAGCUGCCCUGCUGGGCAGAGGGUGAGCCCCCACCCCAUGUGGGGUGGCUGAAGGAUGGGCGCACCGUGCCGGGCUCUGAGAGCCGCGCCAGCCUGCUGGAGAAUGGCACCCUGCAGAUCAGCAACAUGCGGGUGACAGACUCAGGCCAGUAUGAGUGCGUGGCCACCAGUUCGAUGGGUGAGAUGCGCUGGAGCGGGUCCCUGCAGGUGCAAGGUGAUGGAUCUCUCCUCUCCACACCACCCCCAGAGCCUGGCAUCCUUCCAGGGCCACCCUCCACCCCGCUGGUCACCAAUGUCACCAAAAGCAGUGUCACCCUGACCUGGAAAGGGAAUGAGCAAAGCGGUGGCACUACAGUCACCUACAUUGUGGAAGCUUUCAGUGAGGCUGUGGGUGGCCCGUGGCAAACAGUGGCAGCCAAUGUGGAGGGUGAGACACACACAGUGCAAGGCCUCACCCCUGACACCACGUACCUCUUCCUGGUGCGGGCACUCAACGCCCAUGGGCUCAGUAACCCCAGUGGCAUCUCAGAGCCCAUCCGCACCCAAGCGGACACCAGCCCCACGCCACAGGUGUCCCCAGAGCUGCGUGUGGCCGUGCACCUGCAGGAGCCCGUGGUGCUGCCGCCGGGUGCCGUGCGCCUCGCCUGGACCGUGAGCGUGGGGACACGGCGGGUGGGAGGGGACACGGUGCUGCACCUCCAUCACCACCCUCAUCUCCCGUGUCCUCAGGUGGAGCCCCCAUCUCCCUCUGUGCAGGGAUACCAGGUGCUGUACCGGCGGCGCGGUGGGCGCUGGGAGGCGUGGGAUGUGCGGGCACCGGGCGAACGGGGGGCUCUGCUCACGGGGCUGCGCCAUGGCCAGGACUACGAGGUGAAGGUGCGGCCCUUCUACCUGCACCUCCACGGCCCCGACAGUGCCGUGCGCGCCCUGCGUAUGCCCGAGGCAGCCCCCAGUGCUCCACCAAGGGCUGUCAGCGUGGCUGGAAAUGGCACCAGCGUCCGCAUCUCCUGGCAGCCUCCACCGCCAGCUGAGCAGAAUGGGGUCAUCCUCGAUUACCGAAUCUGGUGCUUGGGCAACGAGAGCCGCUUCCACAUCAAUCAGAGCGUGGAGGGGACAGUGCUGGCCACAGUGCUGCGGGGGCUGGUGCCCGGCGUCCCCUACCGCGCUGAGGUGGCUGCGGCCACAGGGGCAGGUGUGGGUGCUCGCAGUGCGCCCAUCUCCAUCCGCAUCGCACCCCCAGUGGAGCAGGACGUGGGGCCGGUGGGAUGGGGCAGCAUGGCGGAGCGCAUGGCCGCGGUGGCGAGGCGGCCAGCCUUCAUCGCUGGCGUCAGCGGUGCCCUCUGGCUCAUCCUCGCUGGGUUUGCAGCAUGGCUCUACAGCCGCCGCCGCCGCAGGAAAGAGCUGAGCCACUUCACAGCCUCCUUUGCCUUUGCGCCCACGGGUGCAUCCAUGGGUGCUGUAGGGCCGCGUCACGGGCCCACCGCAUCCUCACUGCCACCCCCAGCUCUGUCCACACUCACCUUCCCACACACCCCAGCACCAGCACACAGCAGCCCCAGGAAUGCUCAUCCGUGGCUGGCGGAUGCGUGGCGUGGUGGUGGCCUGGAUGCCACCGAGAGAUACUACAACGAGGCCGGCAUCUCCCGCUACAUCGCCCAGACGGAGCCCUUCGGGCCCGGGAAUGCCGAGGGGCCCAUCUACAGCAGCAUCGAGGCAGGGGGCGACGAGCUGCGCACCUUCCACCGGCCCUGCUCACAGCAUGGCCCUGAGACCCUGUAUGGCCACUCAGCUCCCGGGCAGCACGGGAAAAAUUUGGGGAAAGCGGUGCAGACGCCGGUGCUGAGCUGGACCGAGCUGCUGCCCCCACCACCCUCGGCCAGUGAGCUCAGCCAGUACACUGAGGAGGAGGAGGAGAAGGAGGAGCAAGAGGAGAUGGAUGAAGAAGAGGAUGGCAUAUUGGGGCUGGAGGAGCACUGUCCUUCCACUGAGGAUGCCCCCCGGCGCGCUGCCUCCUCACCUGCCACCCCCACGGGCUGCUGGGCCCCGGCUGCAACAGCCUCUAUGCCCCACGAGGACACUCGCAGCCUGCAGCGUUUCAACAGCCCCCGUUCACCCCGGAGGCCCCCGCGUGGCACUGCACCCUCACCCAGCCCCCCGCUGAGCCCCCGCAGCCCAGACACAUGCAAGGGUCCCGCGCCCCGAGCCCACCGCCCCCACGGCGCAGGGAAAACACGCUCAGAGACCCCGAAGGGCCAUCCAAAGCCCAAAGGCAGCCGCUACCCUCGGGAGCAGUGGACAGGAGGUGGGUGCGUGCCCAGAGGGGGCCGGGAGCUGCCCGCAGCGCUCAGCCCUCGCUCUGUCCCCGCAGCAGACCUGCCGCCGCCCCCACUGCCGCCUCCGGGCGAGAUCCCCUCUCCCAGUCGGGAGACGAGUGGAGUUGAGCGUAGAGCUGCCCACCGCCCGCCCCGCCAAGGUGACGUUGUCCCCUACAGCAAACCCUCCUUCCUGGCCCGCGGCUGCUCCACCGCCGGCAGCGCCUCGUCCUGCGGCUCCUCCGGCUCCCGCGGGCACGGCUCAGGGCGCAGCCCCCGCCCGGACCCCCUGGCUCCCCGCCCGCCGCAGGAGGAGCGAUAA